UAUCCUCCACCACCGCAGCACAGCGGAGCUUCCCGGAUCCAAGCCCAGACGGCGGCGGCUCUGGCAGCCUGGGCGCCGAGACCCUCGGCGGCCACAGGGGGACGCGGAGGAGGAGGAGGAGGAAGAGGCUGAGGCAGCGGCAGCAGCCGCGAGGAGGUAGAGGAGGGUUCGAUCUCAGGCUCCGACGCAGACAUGGUGGACUGAUCUCCGGCGGAUUCCUGGACUGAUCGCCGAAGCGCCCCCUGCGCGUGGCCCCGCCGUUCCCUGCGGCCGGCAGCUCCGGGCCAGCGCCCGCGUCCGGUGCAGCGGCCGGGCCGGACAGUCGUGUUCCCGCCGCGUCCCGCGCCCGGUCCCUAUGGAGGCGCCGCUCGCCGGCGAGGCCGCCGAUCAUGCCUAGGAGGGCCGGGAGUGGGCAGCUGCCGCUACCCCGGGGCUGGGAGGAGGCCAGGGACUACGACGGCAAGGUCUUCUACAUCGACCACAACACCAGAAGGACCAGCUGGAUCGACCCCCGGGACAGGUUAACGAAGCCCCUGUCGUUUGCCGACUGUGUUGGGGAUGAGCUGCCGUGGGGCUGGGAAGCGGGGUUCGACCCUCAGAUCGGCAUCUACUACAUCGAUCACAUCAACAAAACCACGCAGAUCGAAGAUCCAAGAAAACAAUGGAGGGGGGAGCAGGAGAAGAUGCUCAAGGACUAUCUCUCAGUGGCGCGGGACGCCCUCAGGACGCAGAAAGAGCUGUACCACGUGAAGGAGCAAAGACUGGCCUUGGCCCUCGACGAGUACAUGCGACUGAAUGAUGCCUACAAGGAAAAGUCAAGUUCCCACACCAGCCUGUUCUCAGGAUCUUCAUCGAGCACUAAAUAUGACCCUGAUAUUUUAAAAGCUGAGAUCUCCACUACACGACUAAGGGUUAAAAAGCUGAAGAGGGAGCUCUCACAGAUGAAGCAAGAAUUGCUCUAUAAGGAACAAGGCUUUGAAACAUUGCAACAAAUUGAUAAGAAAAUGUCCGGAGGCCAGAGUGGCUAUGAACUCAGUGAAGCCAAAGCCAUUCUCACCGAAGUGAAAUCCAUCCGAAAGGCUAUUAGCUCGGGAGAGAAAGAAAAACAGGAUCUCAUGCAGAGUCUCGCCAAGCUGCAGGAGCGGUUCCACCUGGGUCAGAGCAUGGGCCGAUCGGAGCCAGACUUGAGGUCCAGCCCUGGGGACUCUCACUUGUCUCUCUCCAGACAGACCCUGGAUGCCGGCUCGCAAACCAGCAUUUCCGGAGACAUCGGAGUGAGAAGUAGAUCAAAUUUAGCUGAAAAGGUCAGGCUGAGUCUACAGUACGAAGAAGCCAAAAGAAGCAUGGCCAACUUAAAGAUCGAGUUGUCGAAACUGGACAGCGAAGCCUGGCCCGGGGCGCUGGACGUGGAGAAGGAGAAGCUGAUGCUGAUUCACGAGAAGGAAGAACUUCUGAAAGAGCUGCAGUUCGUCACGCCGCAGAAACGCACUCGGGACGAGCUGGAGCGCCUGGAGGCCGACCGGCAGCGGCUGGAGGAGGAGCUGCUGUCCGUGCGGGGCACCCCCAGCCGGGCUCUGGCCGAGAGAUUGAAGUUGGAAGAGCGGAGGAAAGAGCUGUUACAGAAACUCGAAGAAACCACCAGGUUAACUACGUACCUGCAUUCACAGCUGAAAAGCCUCUCCGCCAGCACCCUGUCCAUGUCGUCCGGGAGCAGCCUCGGCUCCCUGGCCUCCAGCCGGGGCUCUCUGAACACCUCCAGCAGGGGCUCGCUCAACUCCCUCAGCUCCAGCGAGCUCUAUUACACCGGUCAGGGCGACCAGAUAGACGCCGACUAUCAGUAUAAACUGGACUUCCUUCUGCAAGAAAAGGGCGGUUACAUCCCUUCCGGGCCCAUCACCACCAUCCACGAAAACGAAGUGGUCAAGUCCCCCAGCCAGCCGGGCCAGAGUGGUGCCUGUGGGGCAGCCGCCGCAGCGACAGGCCCCGCCCCCCCGCUGACCGAGGCCCCCAAGUCGGUGACGUCCCUGUCCUCCCGGUCCUCCCUUUCCUCCUUGUCCCCGCCUGGCUCCCCCUUGGUGUUAGAGGGCACGUUUCCCCUGUCUGCUCACGACGUCCCCCUCCAUCAGUUCACCACUGACUUCGACGACUGCGACCUGAGCAGCCGCUUUGCAGACUUGGGCCUGGGCGAGAGUCAGGCCCUGCUGGACCCAGACGCGGGAGGCGCGUCCCAGCCUCUCUUGGUGGAUAAAGACCUCCACGAAUGCGCCCAUGAGCCCUUCUAUGAAGCAACAGCAGAGGUGGAAAAGUCAUUGCCCAAACGGAGGGCGGCCCACUUGCUCGGGGAGAAGACGGCCUGUGUGUCGGCCGCCGUGUCCGACGAGUCCGUGGCUGGAGACAGUGGGGUCUACGAGGCCUUCGUGAAACAGCCGAGUGAGGUCGAAGAAGUUCCUUACGGGGAGGAGGAUGCUGCGGUCGUGGAGGCAGCCCAGGUGCAGGUCGGACUCAGAUAUGACGCCAAAAGGUCAAGUUUCAUGGUGAUUAUAGCGCAACUCCGGAAUCUCCAUGCCUUCCUGAUACCUCAUACUGCAAAAGUAUACUUCAGGGUCGCCCUGCUCCCCUCCUCAGCGGACGUCAGCUGUCUGUUCCGGACAAAAGCCCACCCGGCCACCGAGUCCCUGUCGUUCGGUGAUGUGUUCCGAGUGGCCAUCUCCCAAACGUCCCUGCAACAGAGGACCCUGCGGGUGGACCUCUGCCGCGUCAGCGCCCACCGGAGGGAAGAGUGCCUGGCUGGAACCCAGAUCAGCCUCGCAGAUUUGCCGUUCUCCAGUGAGAUCUUCACUCUCUGGUAUAACUUGCUUCCUUCCAAGCAAAUGCCUUCCAAGAAGAAUGAGGAAGAAAAUGAGAAUUCUGCAUUUCAGCCAAACCAGCCGUCAGUGGAUCCCAUAGACCUGGACGCAGUGUCGGCCUUACUUGCGAGAACAUCAGCCGAGCUGCUGGCUGUGGAACAAGAAUUAGCCCAAGAAGAAGAACCAGGGCCGGGAGAAGAGCAAAGCGGGCCAGAUGGAGAUUGGCUGGCAAUGCUGAGAGAGGCCGCCGAUGAAGUUGGGGCUGAAGAAGGGGCUGAAGGCGCGUGGCCAGAGGGCAGCAGCCGUACAGCGGACGCCAGCUCCUGCCCGAGUGUGCCCGAGACUGGUGAAGAUGCAGGCAGGAGAGGAAACAGCUGUGCUAACGACCCCGGGGGUCAGCCCCUGCCUGGAGGGCCGGCCCUGGUCGACAAAGAGACAAACACGGAGGAGGCGGAGGACACCGGCCUGGCGGUGCGGCCCAAAGAGCUCGGCGGGCGGAGCGCCCGGCAGCGCCCCCUGGUGAGGAGCAGCGUGAUCGUGCGCUCGCAGACCUUCUCCCCGGGGGAGCGCAGCCAGUACGUGUGCCGGUUAAAUCGGAGCGACAGUGACAGCUCGACCCUGGCUAAAAAGUCUCUGUUCGUGAGAAACUCCAGUGAACGGCGCAGUCUGAGGGUCAAAAGGGCGGUCUGCCAGCCUGUCCUUAGGAGAGCGGCGCAGGAGCGCCCGGCGCGCACGUCCCUGGACUUGGAGCUGGACCUGCAGGCCUCCCUGACCCGGCAGAACCGCCUUAACGACGAGCUGCAGGCCCUGCGGGGCUUGAGGCAGAAGCUGGAGGCGCUGAAAGCCCAGGGGGAGAUGGGGCUCCCCGAGGGCAUGCUGCAGGACGAGCGCUUCCAGACGCUCCUGAAGCAGGCCGAACAGUCCAAAGAGGAGCAGAAGCAAGGCUUGAACACAGAGAAGCUGAUGAGGCAGGUCUCCAAGGACGUGUGCCGGCUCCGGGAGCAGAGCCGGAAGGUGCCGCGGCAGGUGCAGUCCUUCAGGGAGAAGAUCGCCUACUUCACCAGGGCGAAGAUCAGCAUCCCGUCCCUGCCGGCUGACGACGUGUGAGCCCAUCGCCGAGGAAAUGAGCGUUUCCUGGAGAGGACAGGAGACUGAACGCUGGUUCUGUAGGUUGGUUUGCAGGGGCUGAACUGUAACUGUCAGCUCUGAAAGAGCUUUUACUUCACAUCAAGAUUUCAACAUGGUCAUUUGUAAAGUAUCUUGAAUGUAAUUUUUAUAUUUUAAAAAAAAGCAAAAAAAAUCAGAUAACCAAAAUGGGAUGAUCAGGCACACAAAUGGUGUACGGUAUGUGUGUGUUGCCAAGGGCCUUUAUUUUGUGAAAGCGGAACCCGGGGUGUGUCCUAUUGAACAGACUCUGGAGAAAGAACCCCCACAAGGUGAUCCUUGCUUUUCCUUUGCUUUCCCGUGAGUAGACCGGGAAGCUGGCCAGAGCACCAUGUGGUGUUCUUGUACCAGACACCAGCUUGGUACAGUUGACCGUGAGCUUCAGUGCAGAGUUCCAAGUCCACCUGUGUUCAUUUCCAUCCCCUGUGUUGGAACGCCUUGUUUCCUUAAAACAGUCUCUCUUUUGUCCUUUUCUGUUGGUCUAAAGGAUACAAAAACAAAGCGCAGAGCCCGGGACCCUUACUCCUGGCCGCACUAAAGACCCUGUGGCAGUUGACUUCGGGGGCAGGGAGGUCAAAGGAGAAAGCCAGGCGCCCUGCGGCACCCCGGUAGAGGCGCCCGCUCGGCCAGAGCGAGGGAAGCCUUCAGGCGCGAGCUUCUGGCCUGCGCCUGCACCACAAUGCUCCGUCCGAGGUCUGAGGGUGGUGUCAAGGAGAGGAACGUGGUGGCCCGACAUCUAAGGACAGACAUUCUGGUGACAUGGGGGGAAGCGCAUCAGCACUCAUUUGGUGAGAUCAGGAAGAGAGGCAAGGGUGUCUUGAAUGAAUCAAAGUUGCCAAAACAAAAUUAAAGCUUUUGUUAAACAGAUUGGUAGCACUGUAUAGCAUUGACUUUGCAGCUCUCAUGGACGGGGCCUACCUAUAACUCGUGGUGAGGAGUCGGGAGGCGAAGAGAAGAGGGUGCCUGGCGAGAUUUCUAAUUUGAAGUAUAGGCUGUCGUUUGCUUUAAAAAAUGCCAUUGCCAAUGAACAGGUUCAGACACACGAUCUGACCAAAGGCUCUUCUGGGCAGAAUUUUAGCUGGCCCGGCCCAAGCACGUCCUCACAGAAACAGCCCCGGUGCAGCUCAGCCUGCACAAAGACUUCCAAAAUAUAAGCAGUUUUGUGCAAUUUCAUACUUACUACUCACUCUGUAAUACUGGAAGAGGUCAUUUUUGGUUAGCCAUCUUUUCAUAGCAAACUACAUCAGUUUUUUUUUAGAAAUGCAAAUGUCCUUUUGAAGGAAUGGGCCCCUUCACACACACACACACACACACACACACACACACAGUUCUAUUUCUAAGCUAGACUCCUCAUUAGCAAGAAUUAUUUUCUUGAAAGUCAUCACACAUAUUUUAGAAGGUUCAUUUUAUCAGACUCGAAGUUCCAAUGAAGCCAUUUCUGAGCCUAGAAUUUUAAUUCUUUUUCCCUAAGUGACCCACCACUCUGGGCAAAAACCAGCCUUGUGGGUUGAGCACGGUCCUUUGGGGCUGUCAGUUCAUUCCAUCAGAUGAGGAAAACGAGAAGAAAACUACCAUCCGUCCUUGUCAAGGUCAAAUGUGAAAGACAGAGGUUUAUUUAAUGUAGGAUCAAAUGAAGGUCAGCUGCUUUCAGCUUCUCAGUUUGACCACGAAAAUGUUGAUAGGAGUAUGUGUAGUUGCGCCGUACGAUUUUAUUUUCUUCAUUUAUUUAUUUACGGUCUUAUUUAUGUUCUGUUUAAUAUAUAGUUCGGUUCUGGCCAUUUUAAAUGUUUGACAUAGGAGAGGCUAUAUGGGAAUAUUUACAGCUUUAUAAAUCUUCAUCAGAUUAGUUGUUAACUUUUUGUGAUACAAGAAGUUUCAGACAAGUAUAAAAGAAUAAAAUCUGUCUCAGGCUGGUAGUUAACUCUUGUGACCAAGAUGCUUUUGGUCUUAUUUUACAAAAUUUGCUCAUUUCUAACAUGAGAGAUAAACUUAUUUUAAUAUAAUCCUUUUUCACACUUUAAAAAUCAGUAAUAGUGUUAUGUAUUUAUAGGCGGCUUUUAACAAUCCUGUCAUAUUUGUUCUAAUCCCAAUGAUUCACAGUGACAAAACAUUUUAAUAACAUCACAAAAGCAUAUGAACAAUAUGAAUUUUAAUAUUAUAAAUACUAUUUUUAAAAGUAGAACUUAUUCUGCACAGGGUAAAAAGAAUAUAAUAUUUAGUUUGAAUUCUCAGUAUAUUAUUACAACUUUGUAUAUCGGAAUCUAAGUGUCGCAGGUACAGAAAGAAUGUUGCUAGCCAAGUGAACAAUGUUUAGCUGGUCUCUGUAGCAUGCAAAUCAAAUAAAUUUAAAGUCUUUUUUUUGCUAUUACUUUAUAUUAUGUUAAAUAUCAAAAGCUCAGGACUGAACUAAAUAUUUAAUCAGGUUAAAUUCUGAAUCUGUUUGUUUUAAUUUGUCUUGUUUGUAAACGUGUGCAAAUACAUCACAUAGAUUAA